CGUCGGUGGCCACCAGCACCAGCCCGUGCAUGUGUCGGUCGAUGGCAGUCGCGUGGCGUGCGCGAGCGGCGCCUCGGUGCCCUGGCUCGCCUCCCACCUGUACAGGCCGACCUCUCGCCGGAGAUGGUGGAUCGCCACGCCUUGCACGCGCAGCUGAACCGCAGCAGCGACUCGACGGGCAGGCGGGCCAGGAUCUCCGAGACCAGCUCGUGAGGCAUGUACGGCGUUCCCGUCGGCCUCUUCUUCUUGGCUGCUGGCGGUGCCCUCUCGCCGUCGUCGUCCAUGGCCUGGCCGGCCGCCGGAUGAAUGGAUCUCUGAUUCUCUGGCCUCAGCCCGCGUGCGUGACGCCGCCGCCGCUGGAUGCCAAAACGAGGUUUCCCUGUCGAUACUUGUCCCGCCGCCACUGAGUAGAGACGUUGAGGCCGACCGCCGACGCCGAGCCGCCAUGGUCGCUCCAGUCUCGCCGUUCGCUGCUUGAGACCAAGCUCGUCUGUGCGGGCCAUCGACGCUUGUUGCCGCCCGAUUUCGCGCCCACCCGCCGCAGACGCAGGCCGCUGCUAGUUCCGCGGCCCCGCCGGCCACACCUUCACGGGCUGCCACCGGACCGUCGGACGUCUUCGCAUUCGCAGUGCAGGCUUCGGUUCGGUUCCGCUGUUCUGCAUCUCCCGGACCCGGCAACGGCAAGAGGCCCUGAUCUCCCGAUGCAAUGACAACCCCAAGGCAAGCUGAGCAGACGAGCCACCAGCUAGUUACUUUCACCUACUGACCUGCCCAUUUUGGUCAGCAGGAGCGGCGGUGGAGUGAACACAAGAUCUUCCGAUAUGUCUGAAUCUGGCACUACGCCGCCUCCUGCUGCGCCAUUGCACAGUGACGAAUCCGUCAGACCAAACAAGCUUAAGAGGAAACAGAUGAGUCCCAGCUCAGAUAUCUGGGAGCAAUACAAACGGAUGAAAGAUGAUCCCAACAAGGCUAUAUGCAAGUACUGCUCUGAUGUGCUUUCCUGCCAUUUAAAAAAGAACGGCGCCUCCUCGCUGGUCUCUCAUGCAAAAUGGUGUACGCAGAAUUCUGACAGCAACGAAACUCAAUGUUUUGAUCGACCUGAUCCUGAUGACCCAUCUCGCACCACCCUAUUUCGUUGGAAAUACAAUGCUCGAGAAGCUAGGACAGCUUUGGCCCGUCUGAUUAUUGAAGAUCCACUUGUGUUUUCACAACACCGAGGUUUUAGCGGCUUCACGUCCAAGAUUUGCACUCGGUUUAGCGUUCCUCCCAGGAAAACAGUAUGCAAAGAUGUUCUCUGCGUUUAUGAAGAUGAGAAAGCAAAGGUAAAGAGCUUCUUUCAGGAAUCUCAUCAAAGGGUUAGCCUCUCCGUCAGAACGUGGACAUCUUCAAGGCUUCAGAAGUACAUGCAUCUCACAGCCCAUUACAUUGACAGCAAGUGGAAACUUAACCACAAAAUACUCAACUUCUGUUUACUAGACAACCACAAGGGGGAAGACAUGGCCAAAGCACUCGAUUCAUGCUUGCUUGACUGGGGUAUUGAGAACGUCACUACUAUUACUAUGGAAGAUGCAAGCUCAAAUGAUAUGGCUAUAGAGUACAUUAGGACAGCUUUGAAAAAUCGGGGUGCGAGCAUUUUACAAGGUAGAUAUCUUCACAUGAGAUGCUCGGCUCAUAUUGUUAAUCUCGUGGUUCAAGAUUGCUUGGAGGCAAUUUCUCCUUCUGUCUCUCGUAUCCGUGAUGCUGUGAAAUAUGUUAAAAGCUCCACUUCAAGAAUGAGCGCUUUCAACAAAUGUGUGCAAUACAGCAAGGUAGAUAGCAGUGAGUUGUUGUGUCUUGAUGUGUGUACCAGAUGGAACUCAACAUAUGUUAUGUUAGAUAGGGCUGAAAGGUUUGAGGAGGCAUUUGAGAGUUUUCUACUUAAAGAUCCUGACUACAAGACAGAGCUGGGGGAGGGUAAUGGGGUUCCACAACACACAGAUUGGAUGCAUGCUCGUAAAUUUACCAAAUUUCUGAAACAUUUGUACAGACUCACAUGUAGCGUUUCAGAAACUGAGGAUGUUUAUUCCCACAUGUUAUUUCGACAUGUUGCUGGUAUAAACCAGCGGUUGAUAGGUUUCUGUGACGGCGAUGAUAAUACCUUCAAACCUGUUGCUAUUAAGUUGAAGGAGAAAUACAUCAAGUAUUGGGGGGAUCCUGAAGAGAUGAACAUGUUGAUAUUUGUUGCUGCUAUUCUUGAUCCGAGGAACAAGCAAUCUGAACAUUUGAAGGUACCUGUUUUAUUGACAUAUGGUGAGACUAGAGGUGAACAAGUAUUGAAGAAGGCAAAUGAGACAUUGCACUCUCUUUUUGAAGAAUACAAGUGUAUGUAUGAGCAAGUUGGAAGCCAAGGUGAUGGCUCAGAAACACAACCUAGUUGUAGUCGCAGAUCAAAGGUUAAUUACUUAUUUUAUUUAUGGCAAGAAAAGGAAAGAAAAGCUGCAGCUGCUGCAGCUGCUGCUGAUGGCAGAACUGAAUUAGAGAGGUAUAUUUCUGAAGAGGUUGUAUGUGACGAUGAUGAUUUUGACAUUCUCCUUUGGUGGAAAUAUAGAAGACACCUGUUUCCAAUACUUUCGCGCAUGGCUCGUGAUAUAUUGGCUAUCCACAUGUCAACAGUUUCUUGUGAAUCAGCUUUUAGUACGGGCGGUUGUGUUCUUGACGAUUUUAGAAGCUCGUUGCCUCCUUUGGUGGUGCAAAGUUUGAUAUGUGCACAAGAUUGCGUUCGUCAACCGUCGAAUGGCGCGAAGAGUUGAGUGAAUUAAAGGCAUCGUACUACAAUGCAACUGAUGUUUUGGAACCAGUUCCAACUUCCAACAGCAACCAUCUGCUGACUCAGAGUGGCACCGAUGCUUGAAGAAUGAUCGAAUGGCGCCAUGAAUAUGUGUUGGAACUUUUGUAAUUAUGGUACACGAUAGCUCAGAAUUUGGAUGUGCUAUAUAAUCCUCUAGUGUUGGAAGCUGGACUUUUCUUGAACGUAGUUGAAAGUUUGACUAUAAAUCUGUUAUACAUAUAUUGGGGCAUCAUAUAUUUUAGAACUUCAACUUUGGAGAUGAAA